AUGACUUCUCCAUAUCUUGUUAAUAACUUUCAAGCAGAAAACAUUUUGACUGGAGCCAAUAACAAUAAUAACAGCAGCAAUAGCAUCACUCUUCUUCACCCGCCACUUCCACCUCCAUCAAUUCCAUCAAUCCCGAUCUCUAUUUCCUUAGCUUUAUCUUUUAUUACAAAUAAGUGCAACAGCGUGUGUCUAAUUUGUGGACUUUAUAUUCCACAAUACGAAUCAGUUAGAUGCUCAGCUCUUGAAUGCUUUGUAGUUGCCCACUCCGCUGACAAUGCACUUUAA